AUGCCUGCUCCUCGUGGUGGUUCUUUUAGAGGAGCUCGAGGUCGUGGUGGCCGUGGAGGUCGUGGAGGUCGUGGUCGUGGUAGAGGUGGUCAUGGCCGUGGUGGUCGCUCCUUUGCCACUUCGCGAUUGAAUGAAUCUGAAUCGGAUGAUUCUUCUGGAGAAGAAGAUGAUGUUAGCGUGCAAUCCCAAGAGGAAUUGGGUGAUGACACUAUUAUGGACGAGGGCUCCAGCAGCGACGAAGACGAGAAUACCGAACGUCCCUACAAUGAACUCCUUCAGCUACUUCACACCAAUGAGUCAAGCGGACCAGCUCGAAAGAAGCGCAAGAUUAAUACCGACUCAAAUGCCGAGGUUCAAAUGGCAGAACCCGCAGAGGAACCAGAGCAGGCUGAUGAUGACUUGGAGGCCCAAGCCCCAUCCGAUGACGAAGAGGAAGAAGUAGAUGAGGACGAGGACCCAAUUGCCGCUUUUGAGAAGCACUUUGAUCUCCGCGAGAGUGCAGAUUUGACCAAGCAGAUUGAGCCUAUCCAAUCGAAUAAAUGGGCCACCGUCAAGAAAGAAGUGGAUGGGCUACGGCUAGUACAUACUGUUCCCGACACGGGAGCAAACGGUGUAUCAAUCCUUCCGUCAUUGAAGAGCACAACCAAUAUUAAGCUUAAACAAAAAUUGAAGUCUCGUGCAGCCGAGAUCCUGCCUAAAAUCACCGGUCAGGCCCAGAUUAUCACGCCAUAUGUGUUCGACUACCAAGACGUUCUCUAUGGUGCCCGCACUGCUUCUAAUGCAAAUGAGAUGCGCGAGAUUCUCGCUUUGCACACCGUUAACCACCUGCUGAAGACCCGAGACCAAGUCCUCAAAAACAACGCCCGUCUGGCCAAGGACCCGGACACGGACAUCGAGUGUCGUGAUCAGGGAUUUACCCGACCCAAAGUGCUUUACAUUCUGCCCACUCGUCAGGCAUGUGUUAAAGUUCUCGAUGCGAUCACUCGGAUCUAUCAGCCUGAACAACAAGAAAACAAAAAGCGCUUCACCGACUCGUUCUCGGCGCCAGAUGAUGAAUCGUGGGAGCAUAAGACUGAAGACUUUAAGGAGCUCUUUAGCGGAAAUGACGAUGAUAUGUUCCGACUGGGCCUAAAGUUUACGCGCAAGACAGUCAAAUAUUUCGCGCAAUUCUACAGCUCCGAUAUCAUCCUAGCCAGUCCACUGGGUCUGCGUACGAUCAUGGACCAAGCCGACGUCAAGAAGCGCGAUCACGACUUCCUCUCUUCAAUCGAGCUGGUAGUCGUCGAUCACGCCGACGCCCUCCUCAUGCAAAACUGGGACCACGUCGACUACAUCUUCCAGCAUCUGAACUUGCAACCGAAGCAAGCACACGGCUGUGAUUUCGGCCGCGUCCGUAACUGGUACUUGGAUAACCAAGCCCGCCAUGUCCGACAAACCAUAGUAGUCUCGUCUUACAUCACCCCCGAGAUCAAUGCCCUCUUCUCAUCCCAGAUGCAAAACGUCUCGGGCCGUCUCAAGGCAACCCCCACCUACGCCGGCGCCAUCACCGAGCUCCCGCUCCCAGUUCCCGUCAAGCAAACAUUCACUCGCGUCGAUAGCACGUCGCCUAUCAAGGACCCCGACGCGCGCUUCAAGCACUUCACAACAACCAUCCUGUCCACCCUGGUGAAAAAUAUCACGCAUGGCCGCGGCAAGGGUGGUUCCGGCACUCUCAUCUUCAUCCCCUCCUAUCUCGACUUCGUCCGCGUGCGCAACCAUUUCGCCACCUCUACGCAGACAACCAAUGUCGCCUUUGGCGCUAUCUCUGAGUACACCGAGCCGAAGGAGGCUAACCGUGCCCGCAGUCAUUUCGUGUCCGGCCGUCACUCCGUGCUACUGUAUACCGAGCGUGCGCACCACUUCCGCCGUUACCAGGUCCGUGGUGUCAAGCGUAUAGUCAUGUACGGGCUCCCAGAUAACGCAUUGUUUUAUGGUGAGAUUGUUGGGUACUUGGGUCUUGAUCCCGCGGAAUUGAUCGAGGCUGCUGAGGGUGGUGUGCGUGCGCUAUUCUCGAAGUGGGAUGCGCUGAAGUUGGAGCGUAUUGUUGGUACGUCUAGGAUUGGUAAUAUGUUGCGGGAGAAGGGAGGUGAUACGUUUACCUUUGUAUGA